AUGGCUCCACCAACCCUUUGUUCCAUCUGCGCCAUCGUCCCGCACUGGCUUGCCUCUCUAUGUUGGGAUCCGACAAAGGGCGCAUCGGAAUUCACGUACUCUUAUACCGACACGACUGUCACUUUGGGGUCUUGGAGGUGGAUGUUGGCGCAGGCUGAGAAGGCUGAACAGGCGGCGGCGGAGAGGAAUGGAUGCGGCAAUGGAUGUGGAAGUGGAGGUGGAAGCGACGAACUUUUCAAGGAAUAUGAAGCCGGAGAGGGACAUGGAGGGAAAUGGGGCAAAAAAGAAUUUUAUGAAGUUCAAGGAGAUGGAGACGAAGAAGGGGAAAGAAACGCGGGAAAGGGGGCAAGAGGAGCAAGGGGAUACGGGUAUGGAUAUGGAUAUGGAGUGGGAGAACAAGAACUCGGAAUCGGACUACAAGAAGGAGAAGGACAAGACAAAGGAUGCAACCUCUGCCUCAUGAUCACCAAAUGCACCAGCCGCAAGUCUUGCUACCCGUACGAUGCGAGGCCGUAUUACCUGCCGCCCGUGAUGGAUCCGCGGCGCGAUGAGCGGUACCGAGACGUGCCGCUGGUGUUUGGGAGGAAAAGCAAGAAGACGAUUGGGGCGCACACGGCCGGGAGACCUGACGAGUGGCAGUUUUGGAUCCAUUGUUUGAAUAUGGAGGUUUUCAUGGCGGAUGUGGUGGUUGUUCCGGGGAGUUGGUGUCCAAAAUUAUCGCCGCCCAUGGCGUAUAACGACCAGAAUCCGGAAAACAACAUCCUGCUCAUGAAGGAUUGGUUAGAGAACUGCCGAAGAAACCAUGCAAAAUGCAGCGAGAUCAAGAAGACCACGGAGACGACGACGGGCGCGGAUUCCUUCUUGCCAACUAGGUUGCUUGAUGUUCAAGCAUUCGGAACAGGCGGUAAAGCGACCUCCUAUCUUGGGAGAGAUGUCAGGCUCGUCUCUUUGAGUUCAAGACCAAAAACGAUGGGCUCAGAGGCGGAUACGAACAACAACACAAAGUUACCGCCCUACCUCACGCUAAGUCACUGCUGGGGACCGCCGGAAAAGCGACCCACGACAACAACCAAAUACAGCCUGGGCGAACGAAUGAAGAUGAUUCCGUUGUUUGAGUUGCCCAGGACCUUUCAGGAUGCCAUCGAAAUAACCCGCAAACUGGGCUAUCGAUACCUCUGGAUCGACUCCCUGUGCAUCGUCCAAGACGACGAGCAAGACUGGGCGCACGAAGCCGGUCUGAUGGCCAAGGUCUACUCGCAUUCCUCCUGUACGCUCUCCGCGCUGAGCUCCCACGAUAGCAGCGAAGGCUUGCACCUGGAACCGUUGAAUGAGGACCGUUCCUUUAUGGAUAUUAUCUUGCCCACCCCAUGGCCAUCGUCGCACCCCGUUGGUAGUACUAAUGCCUGUACUGGUACUGACACUGACACUGGAAUCGGAAAGAAAGAAAGCGACAUGGACAACACCUUCUCCUACACCCCCCGCUUCCGAAUGCUUUUCUCCCGAGAAUACUGGUACACCCUCUACAACGGCAAGGUCCUAGGCGGACUGUGCGACGACAAGUCGCCGCUGCGCUCGCGGGCCUGGACGCUGCAGGAGCGCGAGCUUUCGCGGAGGGUCAUCCACUUUGCGAAAGGCCAGGUGCUGUGGGAGUGCGCGGAGCUGAAAGCGACUGCGCAGCAGCCGUGGCAUGACUCGUCCUAUGUGGUAAUGGACCCAAAAUGGCAGUGGGAGGAGUGGCCGAAGAUAGCGGAGAGUUUUGAGAGCCUGAACCUUGUUCGAGACUGCGAUGAUGGUUCGGUUCAGGCCACCGACUCUGCCUCUGCCUCUUCCUCUGCCUAUUCCUCUAUCCUUACCGCUCUCACCCCUUCCUCUCUGCUCGCAGCCUACCAAAGUGAGAAAGAAUGGUGGGACAUGGUAUACGACUACAGCGAGCGGCUGUUAUCCAAAGACACGGACAGACUGGCUGCUUUAUCCGGGAUGGCGCAGUUUUUCCAGCGCAACCACUUCCCUCACGCACGGUAUGUGGCCGGGCUAUGGAGCUCUCGGCUGGAGGACGAGUUGUUUUGGGAUUCUGAGGAUACGAUCGACGCGAGAAGACCGACGGAUUAUGUCGCGCCCAGCUGGUCGUGGGCGUCCGUCAAUGGGCGUGUAUCAUUCAGGAUGCUAGUGGAUCCUGUCAGGAGGUUCAAGAAGCUGAGGAAGAAGAUGCUAGCUGUGGCGGCUGAGAGCAUUGCAGCUGAUUCCGAGGGUGAAGACGGAGACAGCGAGACCGAAAACAAGGACAACGAUGAAGAGAGACAAAGACAAAAGGCUCUACAAAAAGUGGUAUGCGAAGGAUGGAAAAUCGACGAGGUUAACGUACUCCCCAAGUACGACGACCCGUGUGGUGCGCUGAAGGGGGGAAGUCUGAUAAUAAGCGGCGCCCGUCUCGUCGAGGUGGAAGUGUUUACCGAAACCAUGCUUGAACCAGACCCCGAGUACAUUUUGGGGUUCCAUCGUCAUUACGGCGGCUUGAAGAUAGACGGUCGUUGGGUGGCUGAUCAUAGACUUGAUGUUCCAGGGGAAGCAGAUCGGGACGAUAGUAGACUGGUAUGUCUGGGCAUGUUGGCGGAAAGAGGUUUCAGGGAGAAGUUAGUGAUAGGGGGUCUUCUUCUCAGGAAGGAGAACGUUGAUGUAGAUAGCGAUGGCGGUGUUUGUGUUUAUACCCGGGUGGGAAGAUUCCACCGUAUGGCGGUGGAAUAUUUUGAUGGCGUUGAACCACGGCGGAUCAAACUGAUAUAG